UUUCACUUUGUAGCCAUCAAUUUGUGUUCACAAUGCACCGCGUGGUCUUAUUUUCAGUGCUUGCCAUCGCUGCGUCAUCGCUGGCAAUGGCAAUGCCAUCGUCGAAAAUCGUCGGGGGACAAUUCGCCGAGCAGCACCAGUUCCCCUAUCAGGUGGCUUUGUUCUUCAAGGAUCGUUUCCGCUGCGGGGGUUCCAUCAUCGACAACAAGUGGAUCCUAACUGCAGCCCAUUGCGUUCUGGAUGGAGUGAUUCCGAUUGCAGGAGAGGACUUGACCGUCUACGCCGGUUCGGCAAGGCUCGAAGAAGAAGGUCAGUUCUUCACGGUGUAUAAGGCAUAUCCCCAUGAGCACUACGGUGAUACCAAGAACGAUAUCGCACUGAUCGAGCUAGACUAUGAGAUCGAAUUCGACGAUACUGUGGAGAAGGUGGAACUGUUCAACGGUGAGCUGAAACAUGGAGAUGAGGUGGUCAUCUCGGGGUACGGUCGUGUGGGAACGGAACUGCCAGCUUCAGAACAGUUGAAAUAUAAUGCCAUGUACGUACAGGACGAUGAACUAUGCAGUGCGUUGAUGGCUCAAACUGGGCCAGGAUUGAUUUGCCUGAACAACGAAGCCAACAACGGAGCAUGCAUGGGUGAUUCCGGAGGGCCGGCCGUGUACGAGGACAAGCUAGUUGGUGUAGCAAACUUUGUGCUGAACGAGUGCGGAACAGUUUAUCCGGAUGGGUACGCCAAGGUUGCCUUCUUCCGGGACUGGAUCGAUGGAGUGAUGAAGCAGUAAAGAUACGAAGCAAAUAUAACGUUUAUGUCUAUCGCUUUUAUGUGGCUUCCUUUGUUGAAGCACCCGCAGCUGCGCUGGAAGUACUUGAAAAUUGCUCGCAAUAAAGUGUUACCACGUUGCAACAAGUGGUGCGACUAUAAUGAAAUU